AUGUCGAAGCGAAACGGCCCGAGGAUCCUAAGCAAUCUUUCGAAGGAAGCCAUACCAGUAUCUAGUAAAGGCAACAGAAAAGACGAUGUUUUAGUACAGCCUCCACCUUUAUACCCGAAACUUGAAUGUCUUCCUGUUCCCUGCAAUAAGACCAAGAUCGAUAUUUAUAUCAAUGCAUUAAAGAACGAGUUUAGAGAAACGUUAAGAGAGUCACCUUACUAUAUAAGGGCCCGAAAUCGUGCAAAUGAUAUUAGAAGGUACUCCGACAGGUAUAGACAAAAUUGCGAAAACAUCUCUGCUAUUCCUUUUAAACUAUGUUGGAAAGAUGUACCGAAAGAGCUAAGAAUCAGCCGCAGAAUCAAGAAGGUCUUUGCAGCUCCAAUUUCUGUACGCCAUCCUUCCAUGAAAUCUAGACUUAGUAGAAAUGAGAUAGAUCAUUUAGAGAAAUUAACCAAAAUUGAGGAAAUGUUGGAGAAAGAGGAAGAAGAGGACCAUGAGAAACAACAAGAGUUAGAAGAUGAAUGGGAGGAAGAAGACCAAGACGAAGAAACCGAUUAUAAUUUAACAUACUUUGAUAACGGUGAGGACUACGGUUUCCAGGAAGAUGAUGAUCUGGAUAAUGAAGCUACUUACUAA